AUGGCUAUAGCUGAUUUAGUUACAAUUACAAACAUUCAUACUGUUCAAGAAAUAAAGACUCAAUAUGCUACAACAUUAAUAACAGAAUGGACAACUAUAAAUCAUUCAGAUGACCCUAUGAAUAACUUACUACCCGAUGGUACUGAAGAUAUUACAACAACAUUGACAAGUACGAGAACUACAACUUUAACUACCACAACAACUUCAUCAACUGAAACACAAGAUAAGAAACGCCCAAUAACUUCAGCUUCAUCAAGUUCAACUGCUAAACCAAGCUCAAGUUCGAGCCCAAGUUCAUCUUCUACACAAAGCUCAACAUCAACAUCUAGUUCAAGUUCAAGUUCAAGUACACUUUCAUUCCCAUCAGAAGUUGUACAACUACAUAAUGACAAAAGAUCAAAGCAUUCAGCAACACCUUUAAAGUGGGAUCAAAAACUAACAGAUGUAGCAACAUCAUAUGCAAAUCAAUAUAAUUGUAAUGGUACUCUUAUCCAUUCAACUUUUGAAUAUGGAGAAAAUUUAGCCAUUGGUUAUAAUACAUCAGCUGCAAUUGAAGCAUGGUAUGAUGAAGUACAGAAAUAUAAUUUUAAUAAUCCAGGAUUCAGUGAAGCUACGGGACAUUUCACACAAUUAGUUUGGAAUAGUACAACUAAAGUUGGUUGUGCUGUUAAAGAUUGUGGUGAUUAUUUUGGUGAAUAUUUAGUUUGUGAAUAUGAUCCUGCUGGGAAUAUUCAAGGGCAGUAUGAUGAUAAUGUAUUUGCAGGGUGA